AUGGCGAAAAGGCCAAUUUAUUGGAGGAAAUCCUCCCUGUUAGAAGAGCAUAAGAGCUUAGGUGGGCUCGGUAUGAGAAACAUAGAGUCCAUUAAUCAUGCCAUGUUGUUCAACCAAGCUUGGAGAAUGAAAACAUGCCCGAAUCUUCUCGUGAGUAGAGUUUUCAGCGGGAAAUACCCCAGCACCUGGUUUGAGAAUAGCAUUUCUGGUAGAAGAGUUAAUGCAGCCUCGUGGGGAGCUAGGAGUAUCAUGAAAAGUGUUAGCUCGAUGAAGGGUGGAAUAAGAAGAACUGUAGGAAAUGGAGAAGCUACAAGCAUAACUGACCACGUGUGGGUGGGUGACAACAGAAUAAAGUUCAAGGAGCAUUCUUCCUUUGUUGGUACUAAGCCCACUUGGGUCUCGGAGUUAAAAUGCAGCAACCACUCGUGGAAUGCUAGCUCAGUCUGGAGCCUCUUUCAGAGUAGCACGGCGCGUCGUAUCCUUGCUAUUCAUACUUCGAACCGGGGUACUCAGGAUGGGUGGGAUUGGAGUCAGUCAAGUACGGGGGCUUAUUCCAUCAAAUCAGGGUACUGGUUCCACAAGAAUACAGGAAAAGUGGAAGAAAAUACCGUCUCUCAAUUCUGGUCUUUGUGGUGGAAAGCCAAUAUGUUCCCAAAGUGGAAAAUCUUUAUUUGGAAGGUUAUCAAUAAUGCUAUCCCGACGAAGCAGAAUCUAAGGAGAAGGCACAUUGAUGUUUCGCCCGCUUGUGUCUUUUGUGGUAAGGAGGAGUCAUUGGCCCAUUUGUUUCGGGACUGCGAGCUGUCCAUGAGAGUGUGGAAGUCGUGUUCUCUUGGGAUUAAUGGGCUAGCUGCAGUAGAAACUCAUGUGGGAAGUUGGGUGAAAAAUUUCUUGCUGUACUUUCUGAAUCAGGAUGGAAACUCGGGGCAUCGUGUGGUUUUCUUCUCUUCGAUUUUAUGGAGCAUUUGGCUCCAUCGUAAUGAAUGUGUUUUUAAAGGUACCAAGGCUUCGGCAGUAACGGUACUUGAGCUAGCUAGACAAUGGAUGAGCAGGUGGGAGGUCUCGCAUUGUCUGAAUGACAAGGUGCGAAUCACCACUACCAGCCCGAACAAGGCCUGGAGCUGGCAGGUGGGGGUGCAUUCGCAAGGUGACAUGAUUCUCAUUGAGGUUGAUGGGGCUUGGAAGUGUAAGGGGGACUACGGGGAUGGUAGAUGGUCGGCUGCAGCAGGUUGGAGAAUUAGCAGAAGUGGUGUGGAGAUAAAGACAGGUGCCCAAAAGGUCCUUGCUUCAUCUCCAAUCCAAGCAGAAGCAAUGGUUGUUCUAUUGGCUCUGUGA